AUGUUCACUCCUCUUUCAAAAGGCUCUGAGAGAGCUCAAGAUAGAUUAUGGGAUAAAACGAAUUCACCUCAUAAACAGAAAAUCAGACCUUCCUUACCUCUCCCUUCUACGGCAGAUCCAUCAUCCUCAUCAUCAUCUUCCACUCAGAAUAGACCUUUAGUCAAUAAUAUCGACAGAAAGGGUAAAGCGAAAGGGAAGAGCAAAUCGUUGGGGGAAGAUCUGAAAGCUGUUACUUCACAUUUGAGUUUGGGUAAACCAGGUCAGAGGUAUAAGAGGAAACUUCGCCGAUUGAGUGGGAUCGAUCCCUCACAAAUACAAGGCCAAAGGCAGGAGGGGGGUAAUGGAAGAUGGACUAAAUGGUUCUUUCGGCCAAGUAGGAAUACCGUUAAUACAUGGUUGGACUCAUGGUGGAAGAGACAUUUCGUCCUGGUCAUCUUACCUUGUGUGGUGGUCUGGAUAUGGGUUUCACUUCCAUUCCCAGUUUCUGACCCGUACAAAGACGAUCCAUUUCCCGAAAUUCCAUCUUGGCCUAAAAAACCGAAAGACGAUCCAUCUUCGCCUACACCUGGCGAUGGAGAUGGAGAUGAAGGGAAGGAGAGGGAUUUACCGCUAGAUGUGAAUUUCUAUUUCUUCUUGAUUUGGUAUUUUGGGAUGUACUUGGCUGUAGCUCUAUUCUUUAUUACCAAUUUAUUCUCACUUUAUCGUCUUAACUGGUGGCCAUCUAAACUAGGAGGUAAACUGUCGUAUGCCCUAACAUGGUCAUCCACCUUGUUAUUGGGUUUAGCAGCCCAUCAUCUCGAUUUGUUCGGGUUGAGGAAAAGGUGGGAGAGUAAUAAGGAUCCUGUGGAUGGUGGAGUUGAUUGGGAGAGGAAGACCUUCUGGGUGACUCUAUCAUUCAUAGCUAUGUUGAUGCCGGCAAUAGCAUGUUUUUCGAAAUUGAAGAGGGAUAAAAGACAUACCUAUAGACAGCCAUUAUCGACCGUUACGCAGAUCUUCCUAGGUGGCCAUUUAUCAAGACGAUUUCCGGCAUCUUGGUUAAGGUUCUUAUGGUUCAUGACUUGUUUGGCUAUCGCUUGUUUCUCCCUUAUUGCAGGACAAGCAUAUGCAAGUUUGUAUUUGACCACUUUACCUCACACUUCCUUGGAUGCUGGUACCUGGGUAUAUUCAUGGGUGAUCACUGUCCAGCUACUAGCGCAAAUAUCAUUCUUCAUCUUAUCCUCGAAAGUCCGAAGUCGAGCUUUACUUUUCUUGUACAAAUUGUUCUUCCAAUUGGUAUAUCAUGUAUUUUAUCGUAAUCUGUUCGCCCGAUUACGCUCACCCACUCAAUACGCUACUGUCCAACUUCUCUCGUCUAUCUCAGUCAUCAUCAUCUUCCCUCUACAGAUGUCACAUACAUACCAUCGAUUGUUACAGUUAUUGGUGGGAUAUCCUACACCAUGGGAGGAACAUGUCGAAAAUGUUGCGACUAGCUUUUAUUGUAGAGGUUUAGCUCAGAAUGUAACGAUGGUUGGGUUUUUAGGCUGGUUAUCGAUCUUGCAUUUUGGACCUAAUCAGCACAUAUACCCUUUCUUCAGAUUCGACCCCACUCCCGAAGAUCCCUAUACCUUCCCACUGACUUUCAUAGCUUCUUCGAUCAUAUGGGGUUCCGAAUUGAUAAGCUCCUUCAUAGCUAGGUUACUCAUGUCUAUAGCAUUUGGAGUGAACGUCUCUCAGAUAGGAUUGGAUGAGAUGAGAGAAUAUCCUGAAUUGGGCUGGGCUUCGGUUCACGUAUCCAUGAAUAUCCUCUUAUUCCUCAUCAAACUGAACUUUCGAUGA